AUGCCGGUGACCCGGUCGCAGCAAAAAGAAAACGACAGUGCUGAUCAGCAGCACCAAGAAGUGGUUCCAGAAUCCGCAUCCGUUGCUAGUUCUACUCCGUCGUUCCACGGCUUUGCUGAGUGGGAAACGGCAAUGGAUGACGCAACAAGGAAGGAGUUUGAGAAAGCCGUUCGGCAGCGUGCCCAAGUAAAAAUGAAGCUGGUGAGGAUUAACCGAACACUGGCCAGUAACCAAGAGAUUGGCUUGGCGCAGCUGAACGUGCUAUCGAAAGGGCUCUCCGCUACCUACGCCGAGUUCAGUCAGCUCCACACCCAGAUAGUGGGGCUGGUACCGGAUAAAGCGAUGGAAGAGCAAGAAAAGGAGUAUGCGGAUUAUGAAGACAUGCACUACGCCACCUCCAACGUUGUCGAAGCGCUGAUUUUGGCAGCGAAAACAGCGAGUUCUCCAGUACCUCCGGUAAGUACAGCAGCGCCUCAAGUGAUCAUCCAGCAACAACCACUGAAGGCGCCGAUUCCGACGUUCGAUGGGACCUACGCCGCCUGGCCCAAGUUCAAGGCGAUCUUUCAAGAUCUCAUGGACAACUCGGGGGAUAGUGACGCCAUAAAGCUCUAUCACCUCGACAAGGCGCUCAUCGGCGAGGCAGCUGGUGUACUGGAUACGAAGGUCCUUAGCGAUGGUGACUAUGACUACGCUUGGGAUAUUUUGACCGACCGCUUCGAGAAUCAGCGUGUCAUCGUGGAGACUCACAUCCGUGGGUUGCUGUCCCUCAGGAAGAUGACCUCCGAGACGCACAAGGAACUGCGUGCGCUCCUGAACGAAGCCACCCGCCAUGUAGAGAGUCUUCGUUACCUCGACCAGAACAUGACUGGACUAUCGGAACACAUCGUCGUGUAUCUGAUCGUCUCCGCGCUGGAUAAGUCAACCCGAAAGGCCUGGGAAGGUGGCCAGAAGAAAGGAGAGCUUCCCAAGUACUCUCAAACCAUCGACUUCCUGAAGUCCAGGUGCCAGAUCCUGGAAAACUGCGAAGCAGCCGUCCAUCCAGCGAAUCCCAAGGAGAAGCCAAAGCAGCUUCAGCCGCUUCCGAAGAAUCCACCCCAGAAGAGCCAUGCAGUUUCCGCUACGGUAUCGCAAGCCUGCGAGCUCUGUGGCGGCCCUCAUCGAAAUGUCCAGUGCACAGCAUUGGAAACGCUGAACCCCUCCCAGAAGCAAGAAAAGGUCCGAGCUGCAGGAGUAUGCUUCAACUGCCUGCGUAAAGGGCACCGCUCCAGAGAGUGUCCUUCCGAUAAGACGUGUCGUAAGUGCCAACGCCGGCAUCACACGCUGCUCUAUGCUGAUGAAGCACCCAGCCAAGAUUCCAAGUCCAACGUUUCCCUUCCCGCGGAGUCAGUGGUAAGCCUACCGCCGGUUCCGUCUGUCCCGGCUCAACCGCAGUCGGCGCAGAAGAAUGCUCCCGUGGACCCGCCCGUGUCCACCACUUGCUCGUCGAACUUCGCCCAGUCGUCCAAGACGGUACUGCUGCUUACCGCAGUGGUGCAAGCAUUUGACAAAAAGAACCGUCCGCAUCCAUGCCGUGUCCUGCUGGACAGCGGCUCCCAGGUAAAUUUCGUCACCGAAGAACUGGCCAAUCGCCUUGGUCUCCCAAAACAACCAGCCAACGUCCCAAUUACUGGUAUCAACGCCUUGCGCACCUUGGCUCGCGACAAGGUAACCCUGAAGAUCAAGUCUCGAGUUUCUAGCUUCCAGGCCAGCCUCGAGUGCCUGGUAACGCCGAGAGUGACGGGCACGAUUCCGUCGUCCAAAAUCGACGUUGCCCAGUGGGAGAUCCCCGAUGGAGUGGUUCUAGCCGACCCCGACUUCCACACACCAGACAAGGUGGACCUACUGAUCGGCGCAGAACUUUUCUUCGACAUUUUGAAGCCAAGCCAGCUGAACCUAGCGGACAACCUUCCGCUCCUGCGAGACACAUACUUUGGGUGGAUCGUAUCUGGUGUCAUCGUCGAACCGCUAGUAUCCAACGUGUCGCUGCAAGCCAGUCAUGCCUCCGUGAACGACAUCGAGCGAAUGAUGCAGCAGUUCUGGCAAAUCGAAGAAGUGCCUGAUGUUCCCAAGCUUUCGACCGAGGAGUUGGCAUGCGAAGCCCACUUUAUUUCCACGUAUCAGCGAGACGAGAAUGGACGGUUCAUCGUGCAGCUGCCGUUCAAGGAAAAUAUCGACCAGCUAGACGACUGUCGCGCUCUGGCGCUCAAGAGGUUCCUGAUGCUGGAGAAACGACUCGCCCGCAACCCGGAAUUGCAGGCACAGUAUGUGGAGUUUUUCCGGGAGUACGAAGCUCUUGGACACUGCCACGAAGUCCGUGAAACCGAAGACCCUCCAAACCAGCCAUCGUACUACAUGCCGCACCACGCGGUAUUACGGCCGUCAAGCUCGAGCACGAAAUGCCGUGUUGUAUUUGAUGCCAGCGCCAAGUCGUCGCCAUCCGAGCUGUCCCUGAACGAAGUGCUACAGGUAGGACCCGUAGUACAGAACGACUUGCAUUUCAUCGUCCUGCGGUUCCGGAAGUACAAGAUUGCCUUCUCCGGAGAUGUUUCCAAAAUGUACCGCCAAGUUCUACACGCGAUGCAAGACCGGCGUUUCCUGCGGAUCUUUUGGAGACCCCACCCGUCGCAACCGCUGCGGGUCUUGGAGCUGUGUACCGUUACCUACGGUACAGCAUCGGCACCAUUCCUAGCCACACGGUGCUUGGUGCAACUGGUGGAAGAAGACGGCGAUGCCUACCCAAUCGCCUCUCGCAUCGUGAAGGAAGAAACGUAUAUGGACGACGUGCUUUCCGGUGCAGACUCGGUGGAAGAAGCCAUCGAGGCCCAACGACAACUCCAGCAGCUACUUCAGCAUGGAGGGUUCCCGAUCCACAAGUGGUGCUCGAACUCCGAGGAAUUUCUCGAGCACAUUCCCGAAGAAGACCGUGAGAAAAGGUUGCCAAUGGAAGAACGAGGAGUGAACGAGGCCAUCAAAGUGCUCGGUCUGCUCUGGGACCCGGGUGCCGACACCUUGUUCAUCGCCAACCAUCCGAAGCCGUCAGCUGAAGCUGAUCAACAAGUGACGAAAAGAAAGAUGUAUUCGGAGAUCGCCAAGUUCUUCGACCCUCUGGGCCUGGUGUCGCCGGUCAUAGUGUUGGCGAAGCUCCUGGCUCAGCGUCUUUGGCAGUUGAAGACCGGCUGGGACGAUCCAGUCGACGAAGUCACGGCGCAAGAGUGGCACGAAUUGCAAACCUCGCUGUCACAUUUGCACCACAUCGACAUUCCAAGAUGCGUAACAUUCGACGGAGUGAUUGCAUACGAGCUGCAUGGGUUCUCCGAUGCCUCAACCGUGGCGUACGGGGCCUGUAUCUACCUGCGAAGCCUCUUUGCCGACGGCUCUGCAAAGUUACGACUCCUCACCAGUAAAUCGAAGUUGGCUCCGCUGCAUGACCUUUCCAUUCCUCGGAAGGAGUUGUGUGCAGCUCUCCUGCUCUCCCGGUUGGUGCAGAAGGUGCUACCAGCCCUGGAUAUGACGUUCCGGGAAGUUGUGCUGUGGUGCGACAGUACGAUUGUCCUGGCCUGGAUAAGAAAGCCGCUCAACCAGCUACAGCUGUUCGUUCGAAACCGAAUAGCUGUCAUCCAAGAAGGCACCAAUGGCUACCGAUGGGAAUACAUUCGAUCUCUACGAAACCCAGCUGACAUCGUGUCCCGAGGCCAACUACCCGAAACGCUGAAGACCAACAGCCUCUGGUGGAAUGGGCCAGAUUUUCUCCAUAGAGUGGUGUACGACAUCGACUCGCCCGAGCUCGUUCCUGAUGAUCAGCUACCCGAAAUGGAAGGAGUGAUAGCCAACCCGGCUGUAAGUAUCGAACCAUUUCCCUUUUUCUCCAAGUUCAGCAGUUUUCGGGCCAUCCAGCGUAUCAUGGGGUACGUUCUGCGGUUCAUUCGGAACUGCCAAAGACCUCGGAUCCAACGCGAAAUAAGCCGGCACUUGACCGUCAGCGAAUUGCGUCGUUCCACUGAAGCGAUUAUCCACGUAGUCCAACUCGUUCAUUUGGCGGACGAGAUUCAGCGAGUGAGCGCCAACGAACCCUGUAAGAGACUCGCCAACCUUCGUCCGAUCUACUCCGAUGGUCUCCUGCGAGUGGGUGGCCGUCUGGAUCGUUCCCAGCUACCUUUCGAGAGUCGGCACCCCAUCAUCUUGCCGGACAGGGAUCCGGUGAUACGUCUGUUGGUUCAACAGAUGCAUGUCGAGCUGCUCCAUAUCGGGCAGACCGGCCUGAUGAAUGCCAUGCGCCAACGAUACUGGCUCCUGAACGCUCGCUCUACCAUUCGAUCGAUCACUCGGAAGUGUGUAACAUGCUUUCGAGUCAACCCAAGCAAUACCAGCCAGUUAAUGGGUAAUUUGCCCGCCGCCAGAGUUGUACCCUCACCUCCCUUUGCCGUCACCGGUGUGGAUUACGCCGGCCCGUUCACCAUCAAGCAAGGAGCACGCCGUCCAGCGUUGAUCAAAGCAUAUGUAUCCGUCUACGUGUGCAUGACUACCAAGGCCGUGUAUCUAGAAGCCGUAUCCGAUCUGAGUACCGAUGCCUUCCUGGCGUCGCUGAAACGUUUCAUCGGACGACGAGGAAUGAUUCAGCAGCUACACUCGGACAACGCGACCAAUUUUCGAGGUGCGCACAACGAGAUGAACGAGCUCUUCCGUCAGUUUCAAGAUCAGCAAUCCGUGGCGACCAUCGAGGAUUUCUGUCGCAGCCGCGAAAUCGAAUGGCAUUUCAUCCCACCCGACGCACCGGAGUUCGGCGGCCUCUGGGAGGCCGCGGUUAAAUCUGCGAAAACCCACCUCAAGCGCAUCGUCGGUAACGUCAAGCUAACGUUCGAAGAACUAACCACCGUCUUGGUCGAAAUCGAGGCGGUAUUGAACUCCCGCCCACUGUUCACCAUCUCCAACGAUCCUGCGGACCCGCUGGUGAUCACACCUGCCCACUAUUUGAUCGGCCGUCCGCUCACAGCCUUGCCCGAACCUUCAUUAGAAGACGUUCAAGCAACCCGCUUGAAUCGAUGGCAGCACCUCCAGCUCAUGCGCGAGCACUUCUGGCGCGCAUGGAGCCGGGAAUACCUGAACACGUUACACCCAAGAAAGAAGAACCUUCGAACUGUGCCGAACAUCCGGAAGGGAAUGGUGGUUCUGCUCCACGAUCGAAAUCAGCCUCCGCUGGUUUGGAAGAUGGGUCGCAUAGCAGCGGUCUACCCCGGCGACGACGGCUUAGUCCGAGCUGUCGACGUGUUUACAGGAGGAGCUACUUUCCGUCGCCCCAUUAACAAGAUUUCCGUGCUACCCAUUGAAGACAACGAGUGUGUUCCUGACACGGCGGUCCAUGAGGACUGUUGA